AUGUACUACCUUGGUAUUGAAGUGAACCAAAUGAAAGAUUGUAUCAUGUUAAAGCAAUCAGACUAUGUUAAGAAGUUGUUGCAGCAAUUUAAGAUAACAAAGUGCAACCCGACCAAGUAUCCCAUGGAAACAAAGUUACAACUCGGAAAAGAUGCUGAAGAAAAUUUGGUGAAUUCCACUAAGUAUAGGCGUGUCAUUGGAAGUCUAAGGUACUUGACUCAUACUCGUCCAGAUCUUUCAUAUGUUGUUGGAAUAAUGAGUAGCUACAUGGAAAAGCCCACCAUGAUGCACCAUCAAGUGGUUAAGCACAUUCUUCACUAUGUGAAGGGAACCACAAGCUAUGGGUUGAAGUAUCAAAGAGGAUGA